AUGCAGGAUGAUUCUGGGAGUGUGGCAGAGGUAUCUGUUGUACCGAACCAUGAGAAGACGUCCAGUGAAGGCAACAUGCAUCCAAUUGAACCGGAGAACUCGAACCCAGAUGCUGUAUCACAGUCGCAACAGAAAUCCAAAGAUGAUUCGCAAGUGUCUUCAAACCAAGCUUUGGAACCCAUUAAUGCCGAAGAAGAUGGACAGGCACCUGGUCAAGGCGACUUGUCAUUACCAGCUACGUUGAACCAAGUAGUGGAUGAGCAGCAAGAGCAGGGGCAAGAAGAAAUCCAUCUACAAGAUUCUAAUGGAAACGAGGACUCAAAAGUUUCAGUGCCUGAAGUACCACAAAAGGUAUCUGACGAGAAGGGCUCUGAUAACUUUCAACCUCCUUCAAAUUGGGAACGAUCUGCUCGUCUUGUUCUCAUCAAGUGUAUCAAUGAAUUUCAGGAGAUCAGAGCUUGCACAAGAUUUGAUCCACUGCGUAAAGUGAUGGGCGAUAUAAAGCCUCGUCUACAAACCGAUGAUGAUUACGACAAAACCCUUCUUAUUGAUUUUUUUCAACAUGCUUUUGAAAUCGAGCAGGAUGAUGUUUUAAAUAUUGCUUUAAACACUGUAUCAAAGCUAGCUUCUUUUGCUUACUUUCCAGAAAACAAAAAGAUUUCAGCUUCAAAUCCUUCUUCCAAAUCAAUGCUCCAAUGCAUUGUUGAUAUGGUAUGUGAUUGUAUCAACGAUGAAGUCGUAGAUGGAACCCUACAGCUUAAUGUCGUCAAAGCUCUUUCCGCUUUCAUCCUUUGCUCGGAAAAAAAUGCGUUACUUCAUGGAGCUAUUCUUCUUAACUCCAUCCGCAAGCUUUAUAAUAUUUUUCUUCUUGGCGAUGAUGAUUCCAUACAGUCUGUAGCUCAAGCUUCUCUGACGCAGGCCGUUGGAAUUGUAUUUGAACGUUUACGCGCAUACCAUCCAUCCAGCUUAUCUGGAAACUUUGGAUUGAAUGACGCCUCUAUUGCCAGCACUGACUCUUUGCGUGAAAAUCUCCCCAAUUCGGAAGAGAAAAUAACAUUGCAAUCAAUGGCUUCAAAUGGUGCAUCGAAGUUGGAUAAUGUUAAAAUAGAUGUUGAAAACUCCAAAACUACCACUAGCCUUGAACAUUUAUCUCUUCAGGAUGCCUAUCUAGUAUUCCGCACCCUUUGCAGGCUUGCAGUUCGCCAUAGCUCAUCCGAUAAAGUCGAUAAUAUACGAUCUCAAGCCAUGAGAUCAAAGCUUAUAAGCCUUCAUCUUAUUUAUUCUGUAUUAGACAAGAACAGUGACUUGUUCACUGAAUUGACCUUUCCUCCCCAGACCAUGCCUGCUUUAGAAGGAUUAACUUUAGCCCAGGCAUCUCGUCAAUAUAUCUGUUUGGUAUUAUCUCGCAAUGCAGUAAGCCCGAUACCCCAGGUCUUUGAAAUCUGUUGCAAUAUUUUUUGGCUUAUUGUGUCCUCAUUGCGUAUACAAUUUAAACAAGAAAUUGCCGUUUUCUUUCAUGAGGUUUAUUUUCCUAUAUUGGAUUUAAAAAAUACCUCCUACAAUCAAAAACUUCACACCCUAUUGAUUUUCCAACGUAUUUGUCGGAAUCCAAGGGCGCUGGUUGAACUAUAUAUUAAUUAUGAUUGCGACCGAAAUUCGACUACUAAUGUUUUUGAACAGCUUCUCUUUUCUAUAUCAAAAACUAAUUCUAUCACUCCUUUAGACCCCGGCACAUAUCAAUACGAAGAUUUGCUCCCUUCUAUGGAAAGCUCGGAAAAAAGUACGACUCCCUUUUUGACGACUAAUUCUAGCUCCCUUAAUUCAGAAGUUGUACAAUUAACAAAUUUCAGUGAUUAUCAAUUGAAGCUUAAAUCUUUGGAAUGUGUAAUAGAUGUUUUACAUUCCUUAAUGAGUUGGGCUGAAAGUGGAUUCUAUUUAGCUAGGGGUAACAUUUCUACGGAUGAAAAUGUGGCAGGUACCGAAGAUGAUCCUUUAGCUCGUUCAGAUACGCCAAAAACGCUUCCAGUGCACAGCGGCCGACCAUCUCUUGAAGCUAACUCUCGUAGCAGUAGUUCUUUGGCUUUGGCUGAUCCGUCGGAAUUUGAGUUAAAUAAACAAAGGAAGAAGUUGCUUCGGCAUUGCAUAAAUAAGUUUAACUAUAAACCAAGUUUGGGAGUGAAACUCUUAUCUGAAAAUGGAUUCGUCAACCUUGACGAUUCUUCUUCGGUUGCUACAUUUUUAUUCAACACCGAAGGUCUUAACAAAACUACUCUUGGUGAUUACUUGGGAGCUGGCGAGGAUUAUAACAUCUCCGUGAUGCAUAAUUUCGUCGACUGCUUUAGCUUUGCUAACUACCGCUUUGUUGACGCCUUACGUCGUUUGUUACAGGCUUUCCGGUUACCAGGUGAAGCGCAAAAAAUUGACCGUAUUAUGUUGAAAUUUUCUGAGCGCUAUAUGAAAGAAAAUCCGUCAACUUUUGCUAACGCGGAUACCGCUUACAUAUUGGCAUAUUCUAUUAUCAUGUUAAAUACGGACUUACACUCACCUCAGAUAAAAAAUAGGAUGACAAAAGAAGAUUUCAUUAAAAACAAUCGAGGAAUUAACAAUGGUGGCGAUCUCGACGAAGAUUAUCUUGGCUUUGUUUACGAAGAUAUAUUGACGAAUGAAAUCGUCCUCAAAGAUGAACAACAGAUGGCUGCUAUAGCACCAUUGAUGAAUUCAAACAACAAUGUAGGUCUUUUUGCCGCCUCUUUCACUCAGACAGGCCGCGAGCUUCAGAGGACAGCGUAUCUUCAGGCUUCAGAAGAGAUGGCCAAUAAGACAACCACUGUCCUUAAAAAACUAAUGAAGCAACAAAAGCAUAAUCCAAAGAAGGAAAAUGUAUUUUAUAACGCUAAACAUUUUGAGCAUAUUGGACCAAUGCUUGAAGCCGGUUGGAUGCCCAUUUUAGCAGCCAUUUCAAACCCUCUACAAGAGUCUGAGCAUUUGUAUGAGUUAUCGUGGUGUUUGGAAGGCUUCCAAUAUGUCAUUCAUAUUGCCUGUCUUUUCGGCCUUGAUUUAGUUCGUGAUGCUUUCAUAAAGACACUGGUAAAUUUCACGAAUUUGCAUUCUGCCUACGAUAUAAAGCCGAAAAAUACGAUGGUAAUUAAAACAUUGCUCAAAAUUGCUUGUGCCGAAGGCAACAACUUGAGGUUUUCCUGGAAAGACAUCCUUACCAGUAUCAGUCAAUUGGAACGCGUACAAUUAAUCAGUGAAGGGGUUGACGAAGCAGAGAUUCCAGAUGUUAUAAACGCUAGAGUGCGUCCAUCAAGCUCAACAAAGCCAGUGCGUCAAGUGAGCGGGACUAUUCAAAACCAAACUCCUAAAUCAAGUUUGAAACAGUUACCAUCUGAUGUUAUAUCCGAACUAAUGUCUACUGAAACCGUACUUUCCAUUGACAAAAUUUUUUCGCAGACUUCUUCUCUUUCAGGUGUUGCUAUAAAAUCAUUCUUUGAGGCAUUGUGUGAAGUUGCUUGGGACGAAAUAACUUCCUCAAAUGAAUCAGAAAGUCCUCGACUGUUUAGCUUACAAAAGCUUGUUGAAAUUUCUUAUUACAACAUGGGACGAAUUAGAGUAGAAUGGUCUUCCAUUUGGAACGUACUUGGAAAAUUUUUCAACUUGGUUGCUACUCGCGGGAAUAAACACGUUGCAGUGUUUGCUUUAGAUUCUUUACGACAAUUGUCAAUGCAUUUCUUACAAAUUGAAGAACUUUCUUUAUUUUCAUUUCAAAAAGAAUUUCUCAAACCUUAUGAAUAUGUCAUGUCAUCAGAUGCUCCGGUUGAUGUUAAAGAGCUCGUGUUACAGUGUAUUCGGCAAAUGAUACAAGCUAGGGUAUCCAGUAUAAAAUCUGGAUGGAAAACACUUUUUGGUGUUUUUACUUUUUCUGCCAAAGCCCGAAAUGAUACUUUACUUUCAUUAACCUUUGAGACGCUUUUAGACAUUUUUGAGCAUCAUUACAACUAUAUACUUCAACAAAGUUGUUUGAUUGACAUGCUUGUUUCAUUUACCGAACUGUGCAAGAAUGGUGUCAACCAAAAGAUAUCACUGCAAAGUUUGGAUAUCAUAAAAAAAAUCUAUUACAAUAUGAUUCUGGAAGCUAAAGACAAGAAUAACUCCAAUCCGGAAGAUGUGUCCAAAUCCACUUUCCCUAUUUUAUUUGCGUACUACGAUGUGGUUGUCUCUGCUGAAGAUUUGGAGGUACGUUCUAGAGCUCUUCAUUAUAUGUUCUAUAUAUUUCAUGAAGAUUCGGAUGAUUUUAAUCAGCAGACUUGGGAAAUUGUUUCAAGAAAGUUUAUUUUUCCAAUUUUCUCCACGUUUAGUUUAGAAUCGGAUGACGUCUUGCUUCGUGAUGAAGAAGUUCGUACUUGGCAGUCAACUACACUUGUAGAGGCUCUCAAGAAUAUUGUUACAUUGAUUUCUUGUCGGUUUGAAAAACUGCAUACCCUACUUAAAGGUUACUUCCGAUUAUUUAGCAAUUGCGUCUGCCGUGAUAAUGUCAGCCUUUCUCGGAUAGGUACUAGCUGCAUGCAGCAAGUAUUACUUGAAAAUGCAAGCAGAUUUACUGAAGAAGACUGGGAUUCUGUUGUUGAGCUCUUCGUUGAACUUUUUCAGGAAACCACUCCACGUAGUCUAUUGUUAGACGAAGCUUUUUGGGUUGACGAUGAAAAUUUUAUUCGUUCUAAUUCAGCUCAAUAUCAAACUACAAGUUAUAAUGCUAACAUGACUUCUGUAAAUCUUGUUGCAGAGAAACAAACCGAAUUUCGGUCCAUGAUUCGAAAAUGCAUUUUGCAGCUUUUGUUGGUCAGUAUUGUUGCUGAGUUGCUUGACUACGAAAAUAUCUUCAAGCACAUUCCUCAACGACAAGUGUUGAAACUCACGCGAGCAGUUUACGAAUCCUGGCAAUUUGCCAAAAAGUUUAACGAAAACAAGUCUCUACGUGUAUCUUUACUGAGUAUUGGUUACAUGAAGCAGUUGCCUAAUUUAUUACGACAAGAAACAGCGAGUGCCUUAUUGUACAUCAGCUUACUCUUUAGGUUAUUGAAAAGCGAAAGCUUAGCCGUUGAUUCAAAUUAUUCUUCUGAGAUUGCCGGUUUACUUUUUCCCGCGUGCGCGAAUUUAUUGGAACUUUAUGCUUCUAUGACUAUUGAAAAACAUACUCGAAAUCAUGUAAGUUGGCAGCCAGUUAUUGUAACCGUUCUUGAAAAUACAACAGAACUCCCUGAUACUUUGUUCACUGAUGCGAUUCAACAGUUGUAUCAUCCUUGCUGUUCUAUGAUAGCUAAAGGAGGUCUUGAUGACCAACUUCGAGCCUGUGCCUUUUUUAAAUAUUCAACAGCACGUACAAAGAAUUUUGCCUUACAUAUUCAGAAGGAACUGAUGAAGAGUAGGGGAGGACAUUAAUUCCCAUUAUCGGGUGUAGUUAAUAAAGUAAUGUUAUAUAAACUUUGUAUUUCAAUCUCACAAAAGGAAGGCUUAGCUGACGACUUCUUAGCUAACAAUGCAUUCAAGUUAUCGCAUAUCCUUCAGACCGUAGUUUUUGCUAUAUGAUUAAGUAUUUAAUAGAAAGCAAAGGAAGACCGGUCUAUCCAAAAAUCCCAAACUGUCUUUCCUUCAACUAACGAAAACGCACGUAUAUUCAAGAUUUCAUUUUGGGCAAACGGAAAAAAAAAAUCAAAUAUUCAAAAAAAUUAUUAUUGAUAAAUCCAGCAAACCAGUUGUUACAGUUAUCACCUCAAGCAACUUUUAUUUCUUUUAUUUUUGUUUUUAAAAAUAACUUUUGUAAAAAGAAUGUUCAAACAUUAGCGUCUGAAAGCUUCAAAUCAUCUCUCAUGCUUUUAGACAAGUCAUUGUGAUCCGCGAUAGGAUGAGCUGCAGACAAAUCAGAUAUUGAGUUUCCCAAAGACGAAGGAUUGGAGUUAGAUUGAGAAGUAGGAAGCUCAAAGGAAAGACGUAAUUCUUUUGGUAAAAUCCAAGGCUCCCAGGUAACUGAGCGACGUACCUUAGCCUUGAUGGGCGUCUCAAAUAAAGGAUUAAGCGUGACAACAGAAGAUGCCUCACAAGCUUCUAAAAGUAGAUUGAUGUCACUGGUCAGACUUUUAAUUCUAUUGAACGACGCUAGAAAAGCUACUGGAACGUAUCCUUCGUCAUCCAUGUGUUUGCGCAAAAACAUGUCCUUGCAUAAAUUUUCUAUGGACAUAUAAUAGUCAAUUUGAGAAGUAAGGAAUCCCUUUACAUCGUAAACGUACUGGACAGUGCCAGCAGGAUUUGUGACGACAGGUAUAUUUUGUACUUUAUUCUGGUGAUAGGAACGGCUUGGACGAUGGUUGGGAUUCUUGCUGCGAUAUCCUUUACGGUAGCUUCUGCCACGGAAUCCAUUAUUGUUAUGAAAGGUUUCAUUAUUGCCUCUCUCUUGAAGAGUAUCAUCCAAACGACGAGGAUUGCGAGAAUGACUGUUUGUAGCAUUAGAUUGUUCGCUAGUUUUCUGAGCAGCACCGGGACCAUUCAUCUCAUCCAAAGGUUGAGUAACAUCCCGUGGAACAUUUUCUUGACGACGGUUUUGGUUUUGAUUAUGAGAGAAGUUUUGAGCAUUGCUUUUACGGCGUGCACUACCGGAACGACGAUUUCCGUCAUUUCUGGAACGGCUGGGUUUUUUGGAAGAAGAAUGAAUGGGUGGAUGACUUAUUUCUGGAGUGAUUACCACCCAUUUUCCUUUGCCCUGUGUUUUGGGAGCCAAAGGCUUUUUCUCUUCGGGAUCCUGUUUUUUCUCUUCAGAAAACUUUUGUUCAACCAAUUUGGGACUAGGCCAAAUAGUUGGGUCUUGAAGUCGGGCUUGCUUCGUCUGCUUUUGCUCGGCCUGAGAGUCACUGGCCUUUUGCGACAUUUGUUCACGACGAACAGCCCAUAUAUUAAUGGACGAAUCGUGAGGACUUUGGUCUUUCAAAGUUGGUGUAGUUUGCCCAGAAGUUGAAACAGGGUUAGUAUCACCUGUGGACUCUUUUUGAUUGUUAGAGGCGUUAGCAUCAUUCUUUGGUGAAUUCACUUUACCAGACUGAUGAGUCAAUUCAGUCAUGGGAGUGGUUUGAGCUACCUCUUGUUCUUUCUCUUGAGUAAGAGUUUGAUCCUGAACCAUGGUUAUCUCUUUUUCUUAUUCUAGUAAGCACUGAAAGACUAAGGUAAACCUACAGUCUUGCGUAUUGUCACGGCAAAGCUUCGUGAAACCCAAAAAAUGAAUAAAAUAAAUUGAUUUAUUGUAAGAU